AAAAAAAACAAAACAAAAACAAAAACAAAAAAACAACAACAACAAACAAACAAAAACAGGAAUUAAAUUGAUUAGAUUAAUAAUUCUGUCAAAUAUUGAUUUUCCGUGAUUAACUUUCUUAUAUUUAGAUAUGACUUCAUUAUCCACCCACCCACCAUUUGUUUUUGAUUACAUUAACUGCAGUUUCCUGGAUCACAGGGGUGUGGGUGGGGUGGAUGGGUAAUUGCAGGUACCCUGCAAGCUGAUACCCAACGACGACCUCAGGAGAUUUGUUGUGAUUUAACUCCCCUUCUCUGGGCGCUGGUGACGACGACUUUCUCAUCUCCCAAGAUGAAGUACAGCCGUGACGUCAAGGGGGAAAGUAGGUCAGGCAACUACGUCGCGUGGCGCGGUGUGGUCGUCGCGUCUGCCGAGGUUUGGCGAGUCGCUUCGACUGUUUCGAUCCGGCGUGACUCGCAGCGCUGCCCAUCAUACACUUUGAUCUCCUCCCUGUCUGGCACAGGUGCAUCUGUCGGACGGACUUCACUGUCUGUUGUAGAGGCUCUUGGCUUGUUGUAGACCAUCUCACCUACAUGCAGCAGGAUGAACUACUCGACAACAAUGCAGUUUAUAGAGCUGUUCCACCGUUUCCGCGCAUUAUGGGACAAAACGGACAAUGACUACUUGAACAAGGAUGUGCGCACGCGCCAACGAAAGAUGAUUGGUCAGAGGAUGGGUAUGACAGAGGUUGACGUGGGGAAGAAAAUUUGCAAUCUACGGACUUAUUACAUCCGGGAGAUGGUAAAACGCGACAAGGCCGUCAUGCAGGGGGUGGCAACGCUCGAGACUUACUCAUCCAAGUGGCCAUACUUUGAUGCCCUCGACGUCUUCUUGGGGGGCGUGGUCCAGAAAAGACGCUACGAAUCCCUCAUGUCAUGUGGCGGAAGACACGAUAACAUGUACAUAGAAGACCACCACUCAGACACCGACAACGACAUGAGCGACCUCUGUCGGGUGGACGACAGCGACCAAUCGAAGGAAAUUGCUGGCAGCAGCGGGGCGACAACUCUUUUGUUCACGCCAGCUCAGGCGACAGCAGCAAGGAGGGUCAGGAGGGUCCACCCUUGAAGAGGGCAAAGGUCGAGCCUUGGUCUGACCUGGACCCUAGCAGCUGCUUCGCGGAGGUCUGCGACAACAACAGCAUCAGCGGCGGCGGCGUACAGCAGGAGCUGCGCGGUGCUGCCAACACCUCGCCCAUGUCCUCCACUGCCUCUCACCCAUCCCUGCCCCUCGGCGGGUCGCCAUCUUACCUGCGCCUGGCUCCUCCAGGGUCGGAGGGUCCAGAGAACAGCUGGCCACGAUCCGUUCCUCAGUCAGUGCCACAACGCACUCGAUGGUUAAGAUAUCUGCCGGCACGCAUGUGCGCUGCGGCUUCGGAGCAGGUGGUGUGGUGGUGGUGGUAGUGGAGGUGAGAUAGGGUCUGUCUGCGUGAACGGUACGACCUCUGGGCGAUGAUGAUGGCAGCAGCGACGGAGGAGGAGGAUGACGAUUGGCUGUUUGGACGUUACCUCGUGCGCGAGCUCAAGAAGGUGAAGGACUUCAAGGAGAAGCAACUGGCCAAGAUGAAGAUGCAGCAGAUCGUGACCUACGCACAGCUGGGUAUGAGUGUGCAGUCCUCUGAUGCUGACGUGGCCAAUACUUAAGCCUAACACUUCAAUCAUCUGGCUUGGAAAUAAUUUUACACCAAAAUGGACAGGAGGGUUGACUAUGAAGAAAAGUGUUUUACGUCAAGCCAGCUACAAAGUACAUCACUCCAAAGCAGCCACCCUUUAAACAGGUGUCAGACUCAAAUAAAUAAAUAAUGACCAGAUAUGAACCAAGGACUGCUGAUUCUCGUUGUAUUGGUGACACGCCAUUACGAGCUGUGCCACCCGACCGACCGCAGGGGAGGCAAUCAAGGGAUCGGGAAGUCGGGUGAGAGAGAGAGAGAGUGUUUAUGUAUGUC